AAAAUGUAUAUGAAGAGCUCAACAUCCGGAGCUAGAAACAUGCUUAAUUCAAGAUCAAAUUCUGAGGAUCAAUUACCAAUAUAUCCACAUUCAGAACUAGAAGAGAAGGAUAUAUUCCUACGAGAAUCACUUGUCAUCGUUAGAAAUCAGUCAAGACUUAUGAAAAUAUAUUUAGAUAAAGGAGAAUUUAAAGAAGGUCUUAGAUGUGCAAGUAACUUUCUUGGAGAACUUAAAACAAGCUAUUUGCAACCAAAAAGCUACUAUGAAUUAUACAUGGCUAUAAUUCAAGAACUUCAUUACUUAGAAAAUUAUCUUUAUGAUCAAUUUUCAAAUUUUGAACAAACUGAAAACUUGUAUCAACUUAUGCAGCGUCCUGGAAACAUUGUUCCUCGUCUGUACUUGCUUAUAACAGUUGGAUUAGUUUAUAUUAAGCAUGAUGGAUCAUUAACAAAAAGUAUCAUGAUGGAUUUAGUAGAAAUGUGCCGUGGAGUUCAAGAUCCAUUACGUGGCUUGUUCUUACGAAACUAUUUACUCACAUUGCGUAGCAUUUUACCUGACACACUACCCAGCUCCGACAGUGAUGAUGAUGAUGAAUGGGGAAAUGUCAACGACUCUGUUGACUUUAUAUUAAAUAACUUUACUGAAAUGAAUAAAUUGUGGGUUCGUAUGCAGCACGCAGGGCAUUCAAGUGAACGAUCACUACGUGAAAAAGAGCGCGAAGAAUUAAAAAUUCUCGUUGGCACCAAUCUUGUUCGUCUAUCUCAACUCGAUUCAGUGAACACAGAAAUUUACCAGCGAACCAUUUUACCGAGAAUUUUGGAGCAAGUUAUCAGCUGUCGGGAUGCAAUUGCUCAAGAAUAUUUAAUGGAUUGCAUCAUUCAAGUCUUUCCAGAUGAAUUUCAUUUACAAACAUUAGAUCUGUUCCUAAAAUCAUGCACUAGAUUGCAAUCAGAAGUGAAUGUCAAAUCAAUUUUAAUUUCCUUAAUUAAUCGACUGGCUGCAUAUCAUCAACGAAAUGAGGAAUUGCGAGCAGAUUGGGUAGUUCCAAUUAAAAUUCAUCUCUUUGAUGUUUUUAGUCAUCAAAUUGCGGUCAUUGUGAGAGUACGAACUGAAAUGUCAUUGGAAGAUAGAGUCGGACUGCAAAUUGCUCUUGUUAAUUUCGCUCAGAAUGUUCAUCCUGAUAAAAUCGAUUGUGUUGAUAAAGCUUUUGAAACAACAAAUCGACUUUUGGAGAAUUUCGGGAUUUAUUCAAGGCAAGUCAAUGAGGAACUAUACAAAUUAUUAUGGAAGUGCGUUGAUUUCUACGAUGACAUUUUAGUGAUUUUGAUGAUUAAAAACUUCUCAAAAUUGAUUUCAAAACUUGAUUUUGGGUACCGUGAAGAAUUGGCUCUGCACAUGAUAAAGAAAAUUUUGAAAACAGAAUCAAUCAUUCCAACUGAUGAUCAAGUUGAUGUCAUUCUUGAGAUGUUGUCGCCGUUAAUUCGAGAUCAAAAUGAUGAGCCAGAAGACGGAAUUACUUUUGAAGCUUUCUCAGAGCAACAAGAGAUGGUUGGAUGUCUAAUUCAUCAAUUAAAGUCUGAUGAUCUUGACAUGCAGUUUAGAAUCCUAGAAGUUGCAGUAAAGCACUUGAAGUUUGGUCAAACAGAAAGAAUCAAGAUCACAAUGCCAACAGUCGUAUUUCAAUUACUUAAACUUGCCAAAAAGUUCAAGAAAAAUGAUGAAAAUUGGAAUGAAAAAUGCCAAAAAGUCAUUGCAUUUUGUUCUUUAACAAUUGAACUGAUUGCUAGAGCAGAACUGCCAGAAUUGGCACUAAGAUUGUAUCUACAAGCUGCAAUGGUGGCAGGAGAAAUUGGCUUUUCAAAUUAUGAAGCUGUUGCAUAUGAUUUCAUGACAAAAGCAUUCUUAAUUUAUGAAGAGAGCAUUUCAGACUUAAAAGAAAAAGUUGCAGCAAUAACAAUGAUAAUCUCAACUACUGAAAGUAUGUCAUUUUUCAAUGAAGACAAUGCUGAGCCAUUGAGAACAAAUUGCGCUAUAGCUGCAUCAAAAUUACUAAAAAAGACUGAUCAAUGUCGAAGUGUCCUCAAAUGUGCAAGUUUAUUCUGGAGUGGCAAAAAUGACAACAAAGAGAUCAGAGAUGAGAAAAGGACACUCGAAUGCCUUAAGAAAGCUACUCGGAUUGCAUCACAAUGCUUGGGGAAUGUAGUACAAGCUCAAUUGUAUUUGGAACUGCUGAACAAUUACUUGCUUUACUUUGAACGUGGAAACUCACUGAUUACUACAUCAAUGUUCAACCAGCUGAUCACAAAAAUCAAUGAAGUUCUUCCAAGUUUGGAUAAAUCAGAGGAAACAACGGCCCUUGAAGCACAUUUCCAAAGAACUCAAGCUCGUAUCAAACAAAAAGCUGGGUUUGAGGUGUCGUUUUCCGAGAUUAAAAUUUAAAAUUAUUUUAAACUUAAAAAUGUAAUCUUAAGUAUAACAUCCAUUGUUUCACAUUUAAACAUGCAGUCUAAA